AGCAGUCGCUGGUUGAACUUUGACGGAUAACGGCAAAAUUACGGUACACCACACUGAUCUGCAACCAGCCGCAGUGAUGGGUUUGAUUAAGUUUACGUGUGCGAUCAUUACAAGAGCGCUUUUUAUCCUGGUCUCCCUGAUCGGGGUCUGGAGGGUGACAACGGUGAAGAGUGAUCACUACUGGUUCCUAACUGUCCUCUUUCUGCCGCUUGUCAUUGAAAUGAUUAUAACUCUGAAGAGGCGAAAGGGAAAAGAUUACAAAUGGUUUUCUCCUCCUAUCUUUCUGUUUCUCAUCAGUAUCAUUCCCUCCAUCUGGCUCCUGGAGCUCCACCACCGGCAGAACAAAGUCAGCGAACCUGUUGAGUGCAAAAAAAUCGACUACUCUUACAUUCGUAGUGUGGCAAGUCAGAACGAGACCUUGAGAAACCUCACGUACCUGGAGAAUUUUAAGCAGGGGUUAUCAGCUGUCUGUGCCAAUGAUUGGAUCCUGGCUCUUCAUCAGAUCCUGCUCAUCCUCCUCAUCGUGGGGAAGUGGCUGCUCCCUCUGGGAGGCGGAGUCACCCGUGACGAGCUCUCACAGCUUCUCCUAAUUUUUGUUGGCACAGCGGCAGAUAUCCUCGAAUUUACGAGUGAGACGCUGUCAGAUGUCAAAGACAAUAGUCCUCAGCUGGUUUACAUCGUCUUAGCUGUGUGGACUUGGAGUAUGUUGCAGUUCCCCCUACAUCUGGCCGUGGUCACCAACAAGCCAAGCGGUGAAGGUGAGCAGGGCACCCAGGAGGCUUCCCUCUUGACUAAACACAGUACAGACAUAUGGAGCAUCGUGGAGGCAUUAUUCAUCCAGGAUGGGCCUUUUCUAGUGGUCAGGCUCACCGUCAUGACCUACUUCAGCAUCUUCCACCAGAUGCUGGGUUUCUUCGCCAUCAAAAACUUCCUGGUGGUCAUACUGAACCUGUACAGGUUGGUUGUUAUAUGCCAGGACUUCAGAUCUUCCAGCAGUAGAACCAACAGGGACAUUGCUCUCCCAUGAGUUGAGUGAGCCAGCCCAGGGGGAAGACGGGACGGAGAGAUGUUACACCCAAUAAGGAAAAUAAGGAAAUGCUUGCUUUCUGUUUUCUGCUGACAAUGUGCUUAGCUUAAAUCAAUAAGUUGUGAAUGAUUAAUGCUGUUGGGAGCAGAAAACUGUGAGCACCCAUUUCCUUACAUUUGCAAGGGGAUGAAGUUGUCAAGUUAACAUUCCACAUUUGACUGCCUAGCAUCAGACUUGUUUAAAAGCUAGUACUUGUACCCUAUUUUUUCACUACUUGAGUGUGUGCAUGAACAAGCUGGGCUAAAACCUGGUUUUAGUCAUAUAUGAAGAGACCUAGGGAAUCUAGAGGCUUCACAGAAUAACUGAUGAGACAUUAAAAUAAAGGAAGCAUCAUAUCGAGGACACGGGGAAAAAUGAAAACAAAGCAAACAGGAAAAAGGUGUGAGGUGAAAAAUAUCCUUAAAUCACAUUAACAGAUAAUACACAUUCCUACGCCUAUUAGCACAAUACAUUGUAUGGAAGUAGUCCCAAAGGAGCACAAUCUGCUUAUCAAUGCAGCACCAACAGUAACUGAAGUCUGGCUACUGUUUGAAAAAAGGACUGGACAGAUUCCUAAUGGUGUGAUGUCUGCCACUGUGUUGAGCAGAAGUGAGGGCGGGGAGAUCAGAAAGAGAGGAAGACAGAGAGAUGCACUAGAUGACACAAAGGCACAUGAGUGUUGACAGAUGCUGAGAUUGGAGAACAGUUUUUCUGGUCUUAAUCUAGGCAGGAAGUUAAAACUGUGACUGUGAAAACAUCCUGCCCUAUGGUAGUUGGCUGUUUGAAGAAAAAAAAAAAAAAAAAAAAAACUCCAUAUCAGCACUGGAUAAGGAUUUUGUUUCAGUGAAGUUGACCAUGAACUCUUACUAUUUUUUUCAUAUUUAAAUGGGCAAUAACUCAGGAAGUCAAGUGGGAAAAUACCAUCUUUCCAAAUUUAGACUGAUGUUAUUUUGAACCUCUUGGAUAAUUGCCCUUUAAAAAAUAAGAAACGUGCUAUUCAUAGAUAAAAAAUCAUUGUAUCUUUAUUGUUAUUGUUUUUUUUAACGCAAUCCUUUGUACUGUUACUCUUGGCCAACGUGGGCUGCCAUUUGUAAGUUUAUGACAUCCUUUUGUGCAAUAUCUUUGAAAAUAAAGGGACAAAAAUGUACUCAGGUAAGCAACUAUGUUUAAGUUUAAAACCAUGAAUUAUUGUAGGCUUUAUAAUGCCAAAAGAUCGGUAUUAUGUAUCCCUGGUUCAUGUGAAGAUGUUUAGAAGACAUUCUCUACACAAACUGUGCAUUUUAGUUUGUUUUUGUCAUGUUAUCUUUUUAAAAAAAAUUUUAUUCUAAAUAUCCCCAAAAUUGCAUUAUGUCCAGGGCUGUCAAAGUCCUUUUUCUAAAAUGUCAUAAAAUCAUUGUUAUAUAUCACAGUCUAAUUAA